AACCUGAUAGAGAUAUGGCCUGGGGAACUUGGAGCUAAACUAAGAGAGAUGAGUAUUUACAAGUGUCAUGGGCUGUUGAAUAUUUUCCAAGCCAAUUCGGUUAAGUUCAUGCAGGACCUUGAAUUACUUGAAGUAAAGGAGUGCCGAUCUGUGAAAGUAGCAUUUGAUCUUGGGGGACUAAUUGUUCGGGAACUAAUUGUUCGGGAAGGCCAUCCAGCUGUAGCACUCUUUUCAUUAACAAAUGUGAAGCUAAUCCACCUACCAAAGUUGUCGCAUGUUUGGAUGAACAAUUCAGCAAGAAUUCAAGGCUUUAAUCACCUAAGAUCCUUAAGAGGUAAGGGUUGUGGCAAAUUGAGAAAUCUAUUUUCGUCUUCCCUGGCCAAACUUUUUGUGAAACUACAAGAAUUAGAGAUAACUGAAUGUGUGGUGAUGGAGGCGGUCAUUGCCAAGGAACAAAGAGUAGAUGAUGAAGUGACACCAAGUACAAUCAUAUUCCCUCAACUGACUAGUCUCAAACUGAAUGCUCUGCCAAAUUUGAUGAGUUUCUGUCCUCAGGAUUACACUUUUGAAGGAUCAUUCUUGAAAAACCUACAAGUGAUCAAUUGUCCCAAAAUGGAGGCACUCCCUUCAGUAUUCCAGCACAUACAAGAGCUACAAAGGAGCAAUGACGGAUUCCAUGAAGAUGUUCAGAAAACAGAAAAAGCCCCAAGAAAGAUUAUUUUAAGAAGCCAGGGGGAAUUGACUAUCAUGGGAAUAGAUGAUGCAACUGAGAUAUAGCACAGCCAACUUGUAGCCAAAUGCCUUCAUGAAGUGAGAUUGAUGCGUGUCCAAUGCUGUGGGAAACUGUCAACUGUUACUACAUCGAGUUCAAUGCAAAAGUUUCACAAUCUUGCACAACUCAAGGUAUGGUGGUGCAAUUCAGUGGAUGUCAUAUUUGACCUCAAAGGGAUAUGGGCUGAGGAAGGAACAAUCACUCAGUUAAGUGAAUUGGAUUUCAAGUACUUGCCCAAGCUGAUGCAUAUAUGGAAGACUAAUUCUACCCAACAAACUCAGUGCUUCCGAAAUCUAAGAUCUCUGAAAGUGAAGAGGUGUGACAGCGUGAGAUACAUAUUCACACUUUCCAUGGCCAAAGUCCUCUUGAAUCUAGAAUGUCUAAGAGUUGGACAUUGUGAAAAGGUAGAAAAGAUUGUCAUGAGAGAUGAAGAAGAAGAAGAAGACGAUGAAGUGAUCAUGAACAUGUGCAGUACUGUUUUCCCAAAAUUAAGGACAAUCAAACUUAAAGAUCUUCCAAGUUUUGUGUGUUUUGGCCCUGGGGAAAAUGAUAGGGCACUACUUAAUAUUUGUAUACAACCAUCUUGUCGGAAUUGAUACUGACCUUGAGGAGGCAACUUAUUUGUCCCGUACUUGUCCCAUCUUCAGCUAAAAAAGACGCGACGCAGCUCAGUGGGAGGAGGAAGGUUGUCCUUUAUGACAGGAACUUGGAGGAAGUUAAUGAUCCAUGAAGCAAAUGAUGGAUAUUUGGUCGAAUCUAUUAUGUUUAGAUCAGCAGCUUCCUCUGCAAACGUGAACCAAUAUGCAACCCAACCUAUCACAAUAUCAAGAAACCC